GAUUUGUAAGUGUGUCACAGCCGGAGGAGCCAGGUGACCACGAACAAAGGAGAUGUGGAAGAUUUCUCUCGAUGGACAAAUGAGCUCUAACAAGAAACAGAAGCAGCUCCAUGAAACGUGGAGGAAAAGAAAGACAAUCCUGAGCCUCUCCUGCAGAUGACAUCACAAACCAUAGCCACUCGCACGUCCACAGGUCCAUCAUGGCUGACAGAAGGUCCUAUGGUUUACCUCCUCCCUCUCUGUCUUCACCUUCGCACCAGAAUGGAAGGAUCAGAGGACUAGUACCCAAAGGUUCUCCAACCAUUCACCAAAAUGGUAGCCUGGAUCAAGGACCAGGACACCACGCUCUCAGUAACACCAGUCCAGGUCUCACACCUGACCCUGCACCCAGCUGCAGCAGGACUCCAGCUUCCACCUUACCCCUUAGGAACCAUGGGGGUCUUGUGAGUCUUGAAGGCAGCAGCAGUACCACCAGACCUCAGGGUCAGAGCCUUGGCUCUAUUCUGAGCUCCAGGACCAGAACUACAUCUACCAGGUGCAAGCACAGGAGCAGCCAGCAAGAGGAGGACCCAGAGGCCUUGUUGGACCUCAUCCUGGAGUCUCAGGGUCAGAGACUGAACGACCAGAGAGCCAGCCACAGUCUUUUGCCAGAUCCUGGACCAGGUGCUCUAUGUGGGGCCUGUAGUCUCAACCCACCACCCCUACCUACUCUGGACUUCUACUGCAUGCUCAUACAAUACCAGUCUGACAGGAUGGAUGACCAGAGAUGUUCCCUUCCUGAUCUGGAUGAUGUGGCUGGAUCCGUUCCUGAGGGUCAGGAGGAUUUCUUCAGUUUGAUCCAGAGAGUUCAGUCCAGGAGGAUGAAUGAGCAGAGAGCUUCCCUGCUGCUAACACAUACUGAGGAUGAUUAUGAUAAUGAUGGUCCUGCUGCCUCCCCCCAUCAUCAAUAUCAUCACUGACCAAGAUCAAAGUCUGAGUGUUUGUCAGAGCCCCACAGAGACGGGGUCUACAAAGUACUGUUGAUAAGUAUCUAGAUUUGCACCAUUUGCAUGUUUUUGGAUGUUCUUUUCUGAAUCAGGGUAACUGCAGCAUUCAGACUGAAACCAGAAUCUGGACCUUGCUGAUGUGGCCGCUCAGCCUGAAGGUCUGACCUGAGACCUAUUGCUGUCCAACUCUUGACCCCAGGAGUUACAGGUCUGCUGUGGAGUUUCAGACUUCAGCUAAUAUUUUUAUGAGUGGGUCCUGCUUGGUUUCGUAUCUUGUGUCCAAGAGCAUGUGAGCGAAGGUGAUCUGAUUCAGCUGACACCGGUGGCAGCAGUAGCACCACAGGAAAUGCAACAAUGCCACAACAAAGGCAGCGAAGAAGAGUGCCAGCAAGUGGUCCCGAUGUAAACAAAUGUUUUAUGAUGACAAAAAAUAUAUCCAAGAUUUUUGUUAGAGUUUAAACAGAAACUUUGUUGACAAGAAAACUGCACAGCUUACCUCCAGCUGCCAGAUCACAUGACUCACUGGUACUCACAGGCGUUCAGGUGUGAUUGUCGGCACCAACAGGAAGUAACCACCUGUAUAGUCCCUUCUUCUGUUUCCACUGCUCUCUAUAUGGCUAACUCGAGAAUCGGUUUACUAAACACAGUACAAAGCUUCAUUGCAGAGGGCUGUUUCACAAAAGCAGAAUUAAGAAAGAAAUCCAAGAUAACAAGACAAAGUGAGGCUUGACCUAGUCUGCUAAGUGCAUCCUGACUAGCCAAUAUAAGCAAUGUGAUUAUCGGUUGAGGCAGAAGGCCGCCCACCAGGAGCCGGGGUCUGUCGGAGGUUUCUUCCGUUAAAAGGAGUUUUUC